AUGUCGGACAACCGUCGUCCAGUUCGUGUUCAUAGAUUUCGACCAGCUUUAAUUACACAAGUCGAUGAUGCACUACCGGAUUAUAUGAACUUAAUGGGUAUGAUCUUUUCAAUGUGUUCAUUAAUGCUUAAAAUUAAAUGGUGUGCAUGGGUUGCCAUAUUUGCUGCUCUGGUUGGUUUUGCAAAUUCGCGUAGUUCAGAUGAUGCAAAACAAGUUCUUAGUAGUUUUAUGCUCUCAAUUUCUGCUGUGGUCGUAACUUACAUGCAAAAUCCUGCACCAAUGACCAUACCAUUUAUGCAAUAA